AUGGGUGUUGGUCGAGUACAAGGGGAGAAACACAUGAGACUUUUCUAUAUAGGACAAGUUGAGGAGGUAUAUCUGAACAAGCCCGCCAAAUAUGGCAUAAAGAUUGUGCUUUGCUGUGACACCACUACAUAUUAUAUGGUCGAUGGCACACCAUAUUUAAGUAAGAAAACUCCAACUGAAGGCCAAGCUGCAGCUGAUUAUUUCGUAAAAACUGUGACUAAGAGCAUUCAUGGGUCCAAUAGGAGUGUAACCACUGACAAUUGGUUUACAAAUAUACCACUUGCUGAUGAGCUGUUGAAACCGCCUUACAAUCUAACCACAGUGGGAACAAUCCGUCUGAAUAGCAAAGGUGUUCCAAAGGAUCUUGGCAACAAGAAAGAAAGGCCAGUCGGAUCUUCCAUGUUCCUUUUCGAUAAGGAGAAAACUUUGGUCUCCUACAAACCAAAAGCCAAUAAGGUCGUAGUUCUCCAAUCUACCAUGCACUCUGGAAUGAAUUUGAACCCGGAUACCAAGAAACCAGAAAUUAUUCAUACUUACAAUUCUACAAAAGGGGCGGUAGACACUCUUGAUAAGAUGUGUGGGGAUAUGUCUUGCAGCAGGAAAACACGUCGUUGGCCGCUUUGUGUGUUUUACGGCAUAAUGAACAUUGCAUUUGUGAACUCAUAUGUGAUUUACUGCAUGAACAACAUCCGUUUGGGUAAUAAGCCAAUGAAUAGGAAAUCCUUCAUGAAAGAACUUUGCCAACAACUAACUGAACCACACAUGAGAACCCAUCUUCAAACACCCAACCUGAGAAGAAACACAAGAAUGCAGAUUUGUGAAAUUCUUGGAAUACCGAUGACCCCAGAGAUGCCACAAGACCAGGGCCACGAAGAUCGUGCUUCUACUGCCCAGCAGCUCUACGACACAUGA